AUGGAGAUAAAUAAUAGUGCAGCAACAACAUCAACAGGUGAUAGACCAGAGUUGACAAAGUUCCCAGAGCAUCAAAUUGAUUACUAUCAGCAGAUCAAGUGGAAUGGAUGGGGAGACACUCGCAAGUUCAUUCAUACUGUUAAGCCAUCAGGUCAGGUUGCAAUUACUACGCCCACUCAAUCCGCUGUGCCACUUCCAUCAUUGCUCGGCUACAUUCAAAAGGAAUUGAUGUUAAAUGGCAAGGCGACACAGCUCAACCACACUCCCGCCAUGCCACUCGAUGACAUCAAGAUCGCUGAUCCACGUCCCAUCAACCCAGCGUUCUCUCGCGAGCUCAACUCAUUCCUCACCGUCAGCCAAAUCAAACAAGACAAGUUUGCUCGAAUCACUCAUGUCUACGGUAAGAGUAUCCGUGACCUUGUUCGUUUGAGAAUUGGACAGAUUAACAAUGCACCAGACAUGAUUAUCUUGCCUCAAUCACAUGAUGAGGUCGAGAAGUUGAUGCAGGCCGCUCAGAAGUAUAAUGUUAUUGUUAUUCCUUAUGGAGGUGGCUCAAACAUUGUUGGCGCUUGUGAGCCAGUGUGCACUGAUCGCUACACCGUCUCUGUGGACAUGAGACGUAUGAACAAGGUGUUGUGGGUGGACAGACGCGAGAUGACCGCGUGCAUUCAAGUUGGCAUCAUGGGACCAGACUUGGAGCGCGAGCUGCGCAAGUCGGGCGUCAGCCUCGGCCACGACCCAGACUCAUUCGAAUUCUCGACUCUUGGUGGCUGGUUGGCCACCUGCUCGUCUGGCCAUCAGUCGGACAAGUAUGGCGACAUUGAGGACAUGGCCGUCUCGUUCAAGACCGUCACACCCACCGGCACACUGGAGCUGAGAAACGGCGCACGUGCUGGCGCUGGUAUCAACUACAAACACAUCAUCCUCGGCUCAGAGGGCACUCUGGGCAUCAUCACCGAGGCCGUCAUGAGGGUGCAUCCAAUCCCCCCCGCCGAGGAGUACUACGGCUUCCUCUUCCCAUCAUUCACGCACGCGAUCAACGCGCUGGAGCAGAUCCGCCGCUCGGACGUCCUGCCCACCAUGAUCCGUAUCUACGACCCCGAUGAGACACGUCUCUCCUUCGCCGCCAAGCCCAGCAAGGGUGCGCUGGCCGAGUUCAUCUCGUCGACGAUCAAGCAGUACCUUCACUACGUGCGCUCCUACGACUUCAACCAGGUGUGUCUGUCGAUCAUUGGUUUCGAGGGCUCCAAGAAGCAGGUGGACUUUGCCCGCAAGAACGUCUUUGACAUCCUGCACAAGAAUGGCGCAUUUGGCCUCGGUCAGUCGCCGGGCAAGUCGUGGGCUGAGAAGCGUUAUGACCUGCCAUACAUCCGCGACUUUUUGCUCGACAACAACAUGUGGGUGGAUGUUGCCGAGACCACCGUGUCGUGGUCGUCGCUGCUGCCCCUCUGGAAGGAGGCCAAGAAGGCGUUCAACGACCACUUCCACUCCAAGGGCAUCCCCUCGUGGAUCUGCGCGCACAUCUCUCACACCUACUCCAACGGAGUGUGCCUCUACUUCAUCUUUGCCUCGGAGCACAACGCCCAGCGCGAGAUGACCCCCUACACCGAGGGCAAGCGACUCAUGACCGACAUUGUGUUGAAGCACGGCGGUGCCAUCAGCCAUCACCACGGCGUCGGCUAUGAGCACGUGCCCUGGAUGACCCGUUACGCCAGCAAUGGAUGGGUGCACAUCUAUCGCAAGCUCAAGGAGAUCAUCGACCCCAAGAACAUCUGCAACCCAAGGAAGUUGAUCCCCUCAAUCGAAGAAGACAAUGGACAACAGAAGUUCCUCUUUGACGUCCUAAAUGUCAAGCAACCAAAGCUCUAA